AUGCUCUCAUCAAAGAAAAUGUCCUCCAUCUCGUUGAUGGAUUGCCAGAAGGAGAGUAUUUUGAGCAUGUUGAAUAUUGAAGGAACAGAUACUCUUUCCGAUUUGACCAAUAAGAAGAAGAAAAAGAAAUCAUCAUCCUCUUCUCAUAUGGGUGAUCAUGUUGUUACUGGACAUGAGCUCGGACAUCAACUCACAGAAAGAAAAGUGCAACAGUGGAAGGUUCUUGUCAUGGACAAGCACUGUUUUGAAAUUAUCGCUCCCUUGUUUAAAGUAGGCGAUUUAAGAGCCAUGGGAGUAACAUUGGUAUUACCAAUUGAAGAAAAACGACAACCCAUUCCCGAUGCUCCUGCUAUUUAUUUUGUGCAACCUACUCAAUCAAAUAUUGAUCUUAUUUGUGAGGAUUGUGAAAAUGAGCUUUAUGCAUCGUGUCACAUUAAUUUUUGUCAUAGCAACUACAAGAGAGACAUUUUGGAAAAGAUGGCAAUGCGUCUAGUGCAGAGUGAAACAACAAACUUGUUGAAAAAAGUUUUGGAUCAAUUUGUUAACUUUUUAUGUUUGGAGAAGGACUUUUUCUCAUUGUUAGGUCUUGAAAACUGUAUGAUUCAUUUGCAUGACCCAACAAAAAAGGAGGAAGAGAUUAAAUCAACCAUUGACCAAAUUGCAAAUGGUGUGGCAUCGGUGGUUCUCUCCUAUUCUAGUGGAAAAUCCAGCGGAUUUAUAAUGCCAUUUAUUGUAUGCCCUUCUUCACAGGGCCAACCAGCCAGGUUAAUUGCUGAAGCCGUUGAAAAGAUUUUACGAAGCUUGGCUCAGUCCUCACUGCACGACGCCCAAUCUGAAUCAAACGUCGCAACAAUUGAAAAGAAGAAAAGUAGACCAUUAUUGGUCAUUACCGAUCGAACAAUUGACUUGACAGUGUGUUUACAGCAUCAAUGGACUUAUCGUUCCAUGGUUUUUGAUUUAUUUCAAAUGAAAUCGAAUCAGGUGAAAGUACCUUUGAAAAAGAAAUCGACAGCUGCUUCAGCCACCGAACAAACUUAUGAAAUUGCUCUGGAUGACGAAUUUUGGAUUGAAAAUUCGUCCAAGCCAUUCCAAGAAGUUGCACAAAAUGUCACUGGUAAUUUGGAAAGACAUAAGGCUCGAUUUAACGAAUUCAAUAAGAAAAACGGACUUAAUCUCAGUGAAGAUGAUGUCAUGAACACUGAUGCCGGAGAAAACGCUCAAUUGAGCAAGGAAACCAUUGACGAGAUGUUUAAAUUGGCAGAAGAACGAAAACAAGUGGAUAUGCACACAAACAUUGCAUAUGCCAUUUUGCAUGAGGUCAAUAAGAGAAAACUUGAUGAGUUUGUUGCAAUCGAAGAAGCAAUUAUUAGAAGACAAAACAAAAUUGAAACUCCAAUUUUACACUCUUUGCUUAACAUCUCAAGCCAGGAAGAAGGAUCUUUGGAACAAGAAAAGGGCACAAUUAAGGACAAGUUAAGACUCAUUCUUGUGUGCUACCUCUAUAUCAUUCAACAGGAGCGAAUGAAUCAAGCCCCACAAAUUAUAACUCGACAAGAGCUGGAAAAGUAUGCCCUUGCAUUAUUCCAAAGGAGAAAUGCAGUCGAAAAUAAGCUUGACGAAAAGACUCCAAGUAGCCUUGAAACUGCUCUCCCAGAACUAUCAUUCCUCAAGCAAAUUACAAUGCACACAAACAUGGGAAGAGUGACACAACAACCGCACGUGACUCAUCAAUCCUCACUUGCAAACCUUACCAAAAAGUUUUCCAUUCUUGGUGAAAAAAUUUCAAGUAUUGCUUCAGGCCUUAAUGAAUACUAUGGCGAGGGAUCAGAAUACAGCUCUACUCUUCCUCUCACUCGUAUUGUGGAUGCAAUUGUUAGCAAUACGCCAAAGAAACUUUAUGAGCACGAAGAAUUUGUAUUUAUAGACCCCAAAUUACCUCCCUCUCAGUCUGUGAUUAAGACAUUGUCCAAAUCAUCUGUUGAGAGUUCCAACAGAGAUAUCAAUAACCCUUCUUCCCCAAGAGGAAGAGGUAUGGAUGAAACUACAGCCUUCUCUCCUAGCUCCUCGUCUCAAGAAGGUUUCUCGGAAGUCAUAACAUUCGUUGUUGGAGGAGGAAAUUACAUGGAAUAUCAAAAUUUAAUUCAACAUUUCAAUGCAAAGAGUAUCAAAACAGGCUCUACCUUCAAUGUAACUUAUGGAUCUACAGAUAUUUUAACAGGAGAGCAAUUCUUGGAAGAGCUGAGACUAUUGGGUGAAAAGACAAGGCGUUAA